AUGGACAAUGACUUGGACAUCGACCGAACGGGCCUGGUUCCGAAUCACUGCGGCCCAAACGUCUUGCCCGCCUUCGCCCUCUUCUCGAGGCUCCUCAGGUUCGCCAGUCGGCACAACAAUAUCGCCAUCACGGAUUGGACCACGGGAUAUCAUGCUUCACACAUUCAAUUACUGACUGACAUCCUCCAUCUCCGUAAUGUGCUUGAAGAAUCACUUCAUCCACAGGUGUUGUCGAGGCUCCAGAUCCAGCAUGAAGGACCAGGACAGGAGGUUUUUGUGAACAUCAUUGCGUCUGGAGGUUAUGAAUUUGCGGUGUGCAUUCUCGCGGUUAUCGCGGCUGGUGCCGUCCCAGUCCCACUAUCCGCUGGUGUUCCCCUUCAAGAAGCCUGCUACUUUGCCAACAAGUCACGGGCCGAUGCUGUACUAGCAUCGUCGACUUCGCUUGAGAUUGGGAGAGCCUUGGAGGAAGCGAUCAAUCAAACGACCAAUUCGAACUUCAAAUGCAUCGAGAUCGAACCGCACAUUUAUCAGAAGCCACUGCAACCAAGUGAUAUCGUUAUUUCCUCAAACCUAGCUCUCGACCACAACGGUGCAGGUCUCGUCAUCUUCACCUCCGGGACGACUGGCCCUCCAAAAGGAGUGGUGAUGCGUCGGUCCAAUUUCGUCGAGUCCGCCGAGGAAAUCGCUGAUCAUUACAAUCUGGGCCUUGAUGAUGCUGUGCUACAUCUAAUGCCUGUGCACCAUGCGGCCGGGAUUGGGUUCUCCUUCUCUCCGUUUCUGUUUGCCGGGGCACGCGUGGAAUUUCGGUCUGGUAGUUUCAACCCGGCAGAGUUGUGGGACCGCUGGAGAGAAGGAGGGCUGACCUUCUUCUCCGGUGUUCCGACCAUGUACGCGCGACUGAUGCAACACUUCGAAAUUCACCUGAGCAAGCUCCCAGGAGAGGAGCUAGAUCAGUAUCUGGCCGGAUUGCGGAGUAUGAGAGGACUUCUUUGUGGCACCUCAGCCUUACCAUUGCCACUGCAGGACAAAUGGGUCCGACUGACGGGUGGCAUGAGGCUGCUGACAAGAUAUGGAGCCACGGAGUUUGGACCUGUCUUCAAGAUGCCCUGCACGGCAUCAGAUGCUCCAAUGGACUCUGUCGGUACACUAACACCUGGUGUCGAGGUGAAACUCUCUGAAGGUGAUGAAGGAGAGAUUCUUGCUAGAACUCCAUUCAUGUUCUCGAGAUACCUUUUCGACCCAGUCGCAACGGCAAACGCACACGACGCAGAUGGCUUUUUCAAAACGGGUGACAUUGCUCGGAAGGUCGGACGUUACUACUUUAUUCUUGGGCGACAGUCAGUGGACAUCAUCAAAUCCGGCGGCUACAAGAUCUCGACCUUGGACGUGGAACGCGAAUUACUCACUUUAGAUUACAUCGGCGAGGCUAUGGUGGUAGGCGUCGAUGAUGAGGAGUUCGGACAGCGAACCGCAGCUGUCGUGACACUGAACCAGAAUUGGCCGGAUCCUUCCAAACGGCUUACGCUAGAGAGGAUUCGUCGCGACUUACGGGAUCGUCUAUCAUCCUACAAACUCCCAACCCUGCUGCGAAUUGUUCAAGACCUCCCCAAAACAGCAACCGGCAAGAGAAAAGACAGACAAUUGGGGAGAAAAUCUGAAGAGUCAUUGUCGUACAAUUCCACUGUUAUUAUGCCUUCCUUCCCAGACAACCUCAAGCCGGCGGGUCCUCAGGGUCCAGACUGUCUAGCACGAGAGAGAGCAAGCUCUUCGUUACCAGUCCAAGAGCUAGCAAACCAUCUUUUUGGGCGCGAUGGGUUUCUCGAACGUCAGGAACGCAUUCUGCAGGAGCUGCAAAAGGAGCCUGUCUUCUCCAAAGAAUCACAGCAACACUUAUCACGAAAGGAACGCUUUGAGUUAGGCUUGACGCGGGCAAAGUGUCUACGGCGUAUGGCUGACAAGCAUCGAUGGGACCAAGACGAUUACCUGAUGGCUUUGUACUUGGUGGACGACGUUAAUCCGUUCUACGCCCACACGAAACUGUUCACCAAUACUAUUCGAGAGCAAGCAAGCGACGAGCAAUUGGCCUACUGGAUGCCCAAGAUCGAAAGCUGGGAAGUAACUGGGGGCUACGCACAGACAGAGCUUGGACACGGUAGCAAUGUGAGAGGGCUUGAACUGGAGGCGAAGUGGGAUCCUGCGACCAAGGAAUUCAUCCUUAACAGCCCGACUUUAACCUCCAGCAAAUGGUGGAAUGGGUCUAUCGGCAUCACAGGCAACCAUGCAAUCGUGGUGGCACAACUCAUGCUUCCCACUAAAUCCGACGAAAGUAAGACUACCAGCUACACCUCAUACGGCCCGCACACAUUUGUGGUGCAAGUACGGGCUUUCAAAACACACAAGCCAAUGAAAGGCGUCGUCAUUGGAGAUAUAGGUCCGAAAUACGGAUACAUCACCAUGGACAAUGCAUAUAUUUUGUUCGACAAUUACAGAAUACCUCAUUCGGCCUUCUUAAGCCGCCACGCAAAGGUCGACCCUGAUACGGGAGCAUAUAGCAAGCCAAAGGUAAGGGCACUCAUUUACGGCAGCAUGACUUUCUCCCGAUCCGUCAUUGUUAUGCAAGCUCGAAUGGUUCUGGCUCGUGCCGUGACCAUCGCCAUUCGCUACUCGGCGAUCAGACAUCAAUUCUCAGACCGCGACGAAGGUCCGAACAGUGCAGAGGUCCCUGUUCUCGAUUACCAAACGGUCCAGAUCAGAGUGCUUCCCUUGCUCGCCACCAUGUUCGCCCUUCACUACAGCGGCCAAGCGAUGGGAGACCUUUUCUAUCGGACCCGGACGAGCAUAAACUCCGGUGACUUCAGUGAGCUGGCAGAUCUCCACAACAUGUCGACCGGACUCAAGAGCCUGUGCACUGGCCUUGCUGCUGAUGGGAUUGAAACUUGUCGCCGAGUUCUCGGUGGUCAUGGCUUCGGAGGGGGAAGCGGGAUGAUCCAAUUGAACAAUGACUACUUGUCGAAGCCGACGGUGGAAGGAGACAACUGGAUGAUCACGCAGCAAGUGGCUGCUUACUUGAUCAAGAAGAUGACAGCGGUGGUCAAGAAUCCCGAUGGGAAGUCAGCGGACAGUACCGAGAAUAAUCUUCGAAACUUUGUCAAGGCUCGAGCUCUCCUUCAACAUCUACCGCAGAGUGCUUCUACUUUCGACGUGCUCAAAAGCGACCAGGCGCUGGUAGAUGCUUUCCAAUGGCGAGCUGCAGCACUUACUUUCCGAGCAUACGAAGCCAGGGUUGUUCGAUACGAAAAGUGGAAUAGUAUUUUGAUUCAGCUACACAAGCUUGGACUAGCACAAUCACAAGCGAGAGUCGUGGGGCUUUUCUAUUCUGCCGUGGAAAAGGCCGGGGAUAUGUCUUCGGAGUUGCGAGACGUAUUGCGCGACCUGUUUCGCCUCUUCUGCCUCUACACCAUGGACAAUGAAGCGCGGGAGUUCCUCAGCACAGGCGCCAUCAGCACCGAACACAUGGAAGCCAUUCCAGAGAGGAUCAAGAGUCUACUGAUCCGAAUCCGUCCUCAUGCCGUGAACCUGGUGGACGCUUGGAUGAUACCUGAUUAUCUUCUCGACAGUGCGCUGGGGAGAUCCGAUGGCAAGGUGUACGAGGACUUAUUCAAUCGAGCGCACCGUUUGAACCCAUUGAACAAAAUCACUUACAACCCGCGGUACUGGGACGACGAGCUUGUCAUGGGAGCCGAAGACUACGAUCGGGGGAAGCGACUAAGCAAGCUCUAG